GUCCAUUGUUACGUGGGUACAGGGGAGAAUCAAACACUUUCACACUAGCAGUAUUAUGUCAUUUAGGUUUUUUUAUUUAUUUUUUUGUGAUAGAGUUAAAUAUUAUUGAGAAUGGGAAUUAUUUUAGACCUUUUUUAUGCGUUUAGCUUUGCCCAGGCAAUCGACUACAUUUGUCUGAUGGUAAGUCUGCCCCUGCUGGCUUCCACUGGACUUCUUUAAAGUUAUUCAAAAAUCAGUUAUACACAUGUCUCAAAGUACAUAAUUUACCAUUAUCAUAGAUGUAAAGAUAGAUUAAAGACGUUUUAACUUAAUAUUUCAUGAAUCAGAAUCCAAAUCAGAGUUACUGUAUUUCAGAAAGAAAAAUAAAUGGUUGUAAUGUAUCAUAAAUCCGCUAGAUGGCAACAAAGUACACGGUGAAACUUGUGAGUCUGGGUGAAACACGGAGGGUUAGCUAAAGAAAAAAACGAAAACAGUGGAAUAAUUUAGCACAAGAAAGAUGUAAAAAAAUGUCAACACGCGUCUAAACUUUAUUUAUUUAUCUUAAUAAAUGGAGAUAUAAGAAUUUUUGAUCCGGAGUUUGCGAUUUUCUCCCCUGUUUUUGACAUCUCACGGCCACCGUAGUUUGAGUCUCGUUGGCAACUUUCUUUACAGCGUUUCGUUGUUUGCAGAAAAUAAAGGAUGGAGCCAAUCUCCAGCCUGUGUACCCCAGCUCUGGUUGUGGAUUUGGACAUAGUGAAGAGAAACGCUCAGAGAAUGAUCGAGCGCUUCCAGAAAAUGGGGGUCCAGCUUCGCCCACACAUGAAGACCCACAAAACUCUAGAGUGUGCAGACAUAAUGACUGCUGAAUCGAGGAGGUGCAUUGUUGUUUCCACCCUGGCGGAGGCCUCUUUCUAUGCUGAACAUGGAUUUGAUGACAUCCUCUAUGCCUACUGCCUCCCAUUUGAUAAGGUUGAGCGUUGUGCCGCACUGUCAGAGAAACUGGAUCUAUUCCAAGUUCUACUGGACCAUCCCGAUGCCCUGGAUCAGCUCAAAAAGAGGCCACUGACAAAUGGCCGCCUGUGGCACAUCUGGCUCAAGCUGGACUGUGGCAACGGGAGGGCCGGUGUGCUUCACUCAGAGCCAGGCGCGCUCCAGCUGGCCCAAGCGAUUGCUGGGACGGAGGGUGUGGAGCUGACUGGAGUGUACGCUCACUGUGGGAACACCUACAGCUGCAAAGGGGCGGAGCAAAUACAGGCAGUCGCGCAGGAAACCACCAACUUUGUUCUGGAUUUCAUGGAAAAGUUGAGAGCUGUCGGCAUCACUUGUAAGUCCAGCAUCGGCUCGACUCCCUCCUGUAGUCACCCAGUCAAAGACAUGUCAAAGCUGGAUGAGGUGCACCCCGGAAACUACGUCUUUUAUGAUGUGCAGCAGUCUACUAUUGGCUCCUGCUGUCUGGACGACGUGGCCGUGAGGGUUUUAACAAGAGUCAUCGGACACUGUCCUCACAGGAACCAGCUCCUGAUCGACUGUGGAUGGAGUGGAAUCAGUUUGGAUGGAGCAGGAAAACUUCCCACUGGAUAUGCUGUAAUAGAAGGACAUCCAAACCUCAAGUUGCUGUCUAUGACUCAGGAGCAUGGAAGAGUGGAGCCGAUCUCAGGUUCACUGGAUUAUAGCAAAUACCCUCUUGGCUCUUUGCUCACAUUGAUCCCCUAUCAUUCGUGUGCGACCACCAUGAUGCAUCCUGUAUAUCACGUUCAUUCUGGAGGACAUCUGCUGGGGAAGUGGACCCCCACUCGAGGGUGGUGAACACCUAUCCAGCUGUCAUAAGCACAAUACCUGCUUCAUGGGAUAAGUGUGUGCAUAGUUUAAGGGAAACCUUUUGGAAUCGACCUCUGUCUGUAUAGUGGAGAUCCAAGUGAUGGAAGGUCAUAUUACAUAAAUAAAGUAUUUAAUUCCAAGAUCUGUAGAUUUAUUUUGGUCAAAUUGGGCAAAUAACAGUUUUAAUAAACUUCCAUGUAACACAAGUCUUAAAAAUGCUGUUUCUAUCAGUUGAUUGGAUUUCAUUAUGUAAAAUUAUAUUAGAAUACACAGACUGGUAGUGUGAUAGCCAAUCCUUAACAUAUAAACAAUUUUAUCUGCAGGUUCAUUGACUUUAGCAGCUUGAUUCUGAAAUUAUUUCAUAAAUAAAUGUAAGACUGUUAAAUCAUGUCUGCAUGUUCCCAUUAUAUUAUUACUCAUAUAUGUUACUUAGGGAUAAUUAAAACAUUUACAAAUGUGUGAAGUUCCAGUUUAAGCAGAAGUCCCAUUUUUCUAGACAAUUAUAUGAAAAAAAAUGUAAACCAAGCACUGAUAAUUUGAUAUUUUUAUAGUUAAAAAUGUGUGUAGAUGUUGAACUUAAUAAAAUCACUCCUGUCUUCAAAUUACUGUAUUAAAAUUCAAAUUAUUUUUUACUUUCCUUUUGGGUCUUUUCCACAGUUUCUGUUGAAAAAUUAAUAAAAUCUCAUAUUCAAUCAUAUUGCUCUAAAAUUGGAUCUUGAGAAAUACUCAUUGUCUUGUUUCAUAAGUCAGAGGGCAUUUUCUUUGUUUUGAGAAUAUUAAAUAUUAGUUCAGGUAAAGACUGAGCAUCUUUAUGAAGCAAAUUGCAUCAUCUGUCAUAGUUGUUUCAAACUCAGGUGCUUGUUCGAAAAAAAAAAAAUAAAAAGGAAUAAUAAAACAUCUAAAAUUGUUAGUGAUUUAUAUUUUACCAAUUCCUUUGUAGGUUAUUAUGUGUGUGUAUGUAUGAAGGCAUGAUGUAUAUUUCCUUUUAGUAUAAAUCCUUGAUUAAAUUUAAAGGGAGAUUCAAAAGGAGUUUUACUUUUCUGGUUAGGAAUUUAGGACGAACUAUAUUUGUAUUAAAUCUAAUUUUUGCCAAGAUUCUAGAUGC